AUGCUGCACCUGCUACUGCUGGCGCUAAGCCUGCUGGCGGCGCAGCGCACCUCGGGCGCCUCGGACCCCGCUCCCCUGGGCCUCCAAGAGGUCUUCACAACGACCGAUCCCAACGAUGAGCAGCGGCAGGUGGUUCUGGUGCCUAAUGUGGCUUUCGCGGGCCCCAUCCUCCGAGACGUCCCCGCCUCCUCGCCCGAGUCGUGCGCUGCUGCGUGCCGGGAGCUGUCCGACUGCGCCUUUUUCAACUACUGCACCCAUUCGGACGGCUGCGCCACGCACGCCAACGUGAGCCUGCCCUGCCAGCUGCUGAGCGGCACGUGCGUGCUGGAGCCGCCUGUGGCGGCAAGGGCCCCAGACAUUGGCACCUGGGCGGGCUUCCCGGUGCGCGAGCCGCCGCUGGGCUACGCCCGAGUGCCCGGCUUCUCGGUCUCACCCGCCCAGGGCCUCUCCGGCGGAGACUUCCCCUGCGCCGGCUCGCAGCUGCCCAGCGGCUGCGCCUUCUCCCGGCCCGUGGACGCCGCCGACGUGUGCCACUCCCAGCCCACCUGCGUGGCGGUGGUGGUCUACGCCCAGGGCUCCCCGCUGGCCACUACGGGCCCCCAGCUGCCCGGGUUCACCCGUCGGCUGGGGGCGGGCAUGUUUGCCAGCGGCGGCUUCGACUGCCCAGGAUCAUACAAACCCCAGAUCCAGGAGUGUGUGCUGCAGGAUUCGCUGGAGGGGCUGGCACGGUACUGCCAGAACGACUCCCAGUGUCAGUCCUUUGUGUACCGCCCAGCCGGCGUGUACAACACUCCUGAGGGGGUGGCGAUCUUCAAGCACUCUGCCGAUCCAGCCGCCAUCAUCCUGACCCCGAGCGCCGUGCUGUACCUGCGGGACCACCCCCACAAUGGUACUACCAGCAGCGUGGAUGGUACCGUCGCCUACCAGCCCACCUCCCGCGGCGGGCUGCCCCCUGGUGCCGCAGCAGGCGCAGCGGUGGGCGCGGCCUUGGCGGCGGCCGCCGCCGGCGCGGCGGCCUGGGCGCUGCGCCGCCGGCGCCGGCGCCGCCGCCUGCUGGUGGCGGCACCGGGUGGCGGCAAGGUGGAGGAGGGCGGCUGCGGCACCGCCAGCGAGCCAGCUUCCUCGCCAGGGCACUCAAACCCCUUGGCAGGCAUCGGUACCAUCAGCGGGCAGCUGCAGAUGCAGCUGCGGCUGCAGCCUGGCCCGCCAGCUGAGGCGGUACCAGCGGUACAGGCAGCGGUCGAGAUGGCUGCGGCGCGCGGCUCCGCGCCUCAGGCUGCAGGCGGCCGCACACCCACAACGCCGCCGCUGGCAGCGCCGGCUGCAUCUGGCUCGCCCGCAGCGACGAGCCGCCGCUCGUCAGCCGGCCCGAGCUUGGCGGACCUGCAGCAGCCGCCCGCCGCCUUCACCCGGCCCUUGCCCUCCCCCGCCCCCAAGCCCGGGGCCAGCGGGGAGAGCGCGGUGGGGCUGGCUGAGCUGGCGGCCGAGCUGGCCGCGCUUUCCUCACGAUCCAGCGGCAGCCGACGCCGGCCCGACCCCGGCCCGCCGCCCGCCGCCCUCUCCCUCGACGGCCUGCCGCCCAGCCUGCGGGAGUCGGUUGUCCCCCCCACCAGCAUCGCCUUUUUGCGCACCGAAGGGGGGUCGCUGGUGGAGCUCGGGGCGGGGGCCAGCGGCUGCGUGUGCAAGGCGGUGUACCGAGGCGAGGUGGUGGCCGCCAAGGUCGUUGACGUCGGUCAGUCGGCAGAGCUCCAAAACGUGUUUGUGACGGAGGCGCUGCGGCUGCAGGCGCUGCGCCACCCGCACGUGGUGUCUUUCUUCGGCUGCUCCAUCCUGGGGGCCAAGGGAGUGCUGCUCACAGAGGCCGCCCCCGAGGUGCUGCUGGGUGCCCGCACGUGCACCCGGGCCGUGGACGUCUAUUCAUUCGGUGUGCUGCUCUGGGAGAUCAUCACGGGGGAGAGGCCGCUGCGGGGCCACAUGCGGGCGAUGCACGUGCCGGAGGAGUGCCCACAGGUGCGAGUCAGGGGCUGGUGCUGCCAGCACUGGCGUGGCUAG